AUGAAGAAACCCAUCAUCUUUAUAAAGGAGAGGAAUUGUACACAAAAGGAAGAAGUUGUCAGAGAGAAAGAGUGUGAUAGUUGGGAGUCUUUCAGAGAGAGAGAGAGAGAGAGAGAGAGAGAGCCAUCGUUCUAUAGGUGGUUGGUGAGUAAGUAUCCAAAGAUAGUAGUGAAUGCAAGGGAAGAGAGAGGAGGAGGAGAUGGGGUUGUUGAUACAACUCAGCCCAACCCAAAUGGAAUAGAAUUCGAUAAUCUCUAUCUUGACAUUAAUGGCAUCGUCCAUCCCUGCUGCCAUCCGGAUAACCAUUUAUUUCCUCCUACAACAUUUAACGAGGUCUUUGAAAGCAUUUUUGAAUACAUUGAUCGACUCUUUCGCAUAGUGAGGCCGAGGAGGCUCUUGUAUAUGGCCAUAGACGGAGUAGCACCAAGGGCCAAAUUGAAUCAGCAAAGAUAUCGCCGCUUCCAGACUGCCAAACAUGCUGAACUUGCGGAAGCCGAGGAGGAAAAACUAAGAAGAGAGUUCGAACUCCAGGGGAAGGUUAUUCUUCCAAAAAUGCAAUCUGAGGUUUCCGAUCCAAAUGUUAUUACACCAGGAACUGAAUUCAUGGAUAAAUUGUCAAUGGUGCUUAAAUGCUAUAUUCAUUCGAGGCUGAACAAUGACCCGGGUUGGAAAGACAUCAAGGUUAUACUGUCCGAUGCAAAUGUUUCUGGUGAGGGAGAGCAUGAGAUAAUGUCAUUUAUACGGCUACAACGGAAUCGUGAUGGAUACAAUCCGAACACUCGCCACUGCCUGUAUGGCCUGGAUGCAGAUCUGAUAAUGUCGGCUUUAGCUACACAUGAAGUUCAUUUCUCUAUAUUGAGGGAGGAUGUAGCUACCUUGGAGCAGCAACCAAGCUGCACAUUGUCCCUAGAAACAUCCCUUUCAAAGCAGAACGUAUAUUCUGUAAAAUCAAGAGGGUGGUUUGGUAAGGUCCAUCAGGCCAAUGGUGGUGCUUUGUUAGCUAAGAUGCCAUUUCAGUUCUUGAAUAUUUGGACAUUACGAGAAUAUUUGGAACUCGACAUGACAAUUGCUGAACCUCCCAAAGAUUUCUUGAUAGACUUCGAGCGAAUCGUAGAUGAUUUCAUCUUCCUGUGUUUCCUCAUGGGAAAUGAUUUUUUGCCUCACUUGCCUUCGUUGGAAAUUCAUGAGGUUUGUAUAAUAGCCCCUAGUUACAUUUUUUGGUGCGGCGUGGUAGAUUUGCUAAUCGCUGUUUACAAAAGGGAGUUUAAAAGCAUGGGUGGAUAUCUCAUCGAUACAUGCAGAUUGCAAGAUAAACAUGCUGCCUAUAUAAAAUUCAAAAGAGUAGAACGGCUAAUCCUUGCUGUUGGUUCUUGUGAAGAUAAAAUUUUCAAGAAAAGAUCAGAGAUACGGAAGCGUAAUCUCGAACGUGUUGUGCGUGAGAUGUUUCAAGCCAUGGGUGACGAAGAUGUGGAUAAUGGGGAAGUAAAUUCUAAAUACCUACCAAAUGCCCCAUCAUUGGAGUCUAAUGGUCUUUCGACCAUCAGAUGUUCGGAAACUGAUGUUUUGAACAAUUCCAAGGAAUUGAAGCAGAAACUAAAAGAAAUUCUUCGACGGAAAUCGGACCUGUUCAAAAAUGGUAACCCAGAUAAGGUCAAUCUUUGUUCUGAAGGUUGGAAAGCUCGAUAUUAUAAGGCAAAAUUUUCGGUAGAAAAGCCUGAUGAAAUUGAAAGCAAACGAAAAGAAAUUGUUCAAAAAUAUGUGGAAGGGCUAUGUUGGGUUCUUCGCUAUUAUUUCGAAGGAUUAUGCUCAUGGAGCUGGUAUUACGAUAACCACUAUGGUCCAUUUGCUUCCGAUUUCAACGGCCUCGGUCGUUCGCGGAUAAAUUUUCAGUUGGGAACUCCUUUAAACCGUUCACUCCUUAUGGCCGUCCUUCCGCCAAGAAGUGCCGAUGCACUUCCAGAAGCAUAUAGGACCCUAAUGACUUGUCCGGAUUCAAAUAUCAUAGAUUUCUACCCCUCUGAUUUCGAAGGUGAUACAGACGGAAAGCGGUAUAUGUGGCAGGGUGUUACAGUACUGAAGUUUAUUGAUGAGAAACGCCUUCUUCCGGAGAUUGAGAAACUAGAAGACAAGUUAAAAGACGAAGAAAUUCGAAGGAAUGCUGUGGGGCUCGAAGUUAUUUUCGUUCUGGCCAGUCAUGAUUUAGGAUCGCAAGUUUCUUCUCUUUGUUGUCGAUGUGUGCUUGUAUCAGGGAAUGAGCAGAUCGUAAACAAAGUGAAGAUUGACAGUAAGAAAAGCGGUGGCUUGAAUGGUUUUCUUAUCAGAUGCAACGAGCAAUCAUGCAUGGAUGAUAGCAGCUCUCCUGUGAAGGGGAUGGAAUACACUGAAGAAUGA